ACGUAUACAAUUAAACAAAACACACUUACACACACACAGACCCCCAGCAAGCAUACAUAUACAUAUAUAUAUAAGUACUAAUAUAGUUUAAGCAUGUCUGACAGCGAUUUGGAAAUAGAGGAGGAUGAGGAUGAGCAGUUGGCGAAAUUGACGCAGCGGUUUAAGCUAGCAACGGAGCAUAUUGCAGCGCAGUCGGCAAAGUACGAUGCUCAGCAUUUACUUGUAUUCUACGGUUUGUUCAAGCAGGCCACCGUGGGCUAUUGCCGCGAGCCACGCCCAUCGUUGUUGCAAGUAAAAGCCCGCAACAAGUGGACUGCCUGGCAUACGCUGGGUAAAAUGCCUAAAGUGGCAGCGCAACGCUCCUAUGUGGACAAGCUAACAAAAAUUAAUCCGAAUUGGGAGCCGGGCGACCAACGUGUCGGUCGUUUGAGUGGCUGGGUAGUGCACUCGAUAGAAGCGCCACCGAAGGAUGCAGAAACGCCGCCGGAACAUCUAAAGACGCUGUGCGAUUUUGUUAAGGAGCACAACUUGCAGCGUCUGCGUCAGAAAUUGAAGCCAAAGGAUAUAACCACGCUGGACGAGCAGGGCAUGUCCUUGCUGCAUUGGGCCGCCGAUCGCAAUGCGGUUGCUAUAAUUGAGUUUCUGGUUUCGAGCGGCGCCAGUGUAAACCAACGGGAUGCAGAGAAGCAAACGCCGCUGCAUUAUGCCGCCAGCUGUGGUCAUGUGGAGGCGCUGAAAUGUCUGCUGCGACUGAAGGCAGAUCUGUCGCUGUGCGAUUCGGACGGACAAAGCUGCCUGGAUGUGGCCGAUGGUGAGCCAGUCUGUGAGAUACUGCGAGCAGCACUGAGGGGCUAGUCGAACUAGUUGUCAAACUUAAGCUAAAACAGCUCUUACUUACAUUUACUUACUAAAAUUCACAGUAAUAAAUAAUCAUAUGAGUGUCUAUUUUAUGAAUAAAUAAAAAAUAUUUUGUAUUUGCGUUUACAGCAAGGCA